CAAGUAAGAUCAUCGCCACUUUAAUUAACUCAAGAAGGCUAUAUAUUGCUCACUCCAUUGAUUGUUUAUCAGAAUGCAGAAGCUUUAAUUUCCUUUUCUCUGAACAAGCUAAGAGACACCAUUAUAUUUUCCCUGGAAAUCAUCCCAAAGAUGAGCUGGUGGUGGGCUGGAGCUAUUGGCGCUGCCAGGAAAAGGUUUGAAGAAGAUGAUGUUGAUGCGCCACUCAAGCACCAGAGCGUGGCUCUAAUCCUCGGCGUCACCGGGCUUAUCGGCAACAGCCUCGCCGAGAUCCUCCCUCUGGCCGACACGCCCGGCGGCCCAUGGAAGGUUUACGGCGUAGCCCGCCGCCCAAGACCGGCCUGGAACGCCGAUCAUCCAAUACAGUAUAUCCAGUGCGAUAUUUCCGACGAGGAAGACGCCCAUUCCAAGCUGUCGGUGCUGAGUGACGUCACGCAUGUUUUUUACGUGACAUGGGCGAACCGGCCCACGGAACUGGAAAACUGUGAAGUGAACGGAAAAAUGUUGAGGAAUGUGUUGAAUGCGGUGAUACCAAAUUCUCCAGAUUUGAAGCAUAUUUGCUUGCAAACGGGGCACAAACACUACGUGGGAUCGUUCGAAUAUUUCGGGAAAUUCGCCCACGACACGCCGUACACCGAGGAUUUGCCGCGCCUAGAAACGCCCAACUUUUACUACGUUCUCGAGGAUCUCCUGUUCGACGAGGUUAAGAAAAAGGAGGGAUUAACGUGGUCGGUUCACCGCCCGGGGACCAUCCACGGCUUUUCUCCGUACAGCAUGAUGAACAUGGUGGGAACUCUCUGCGUCUACGCCGCAAUCUGCAAGCACGAAGGGGCCCCACUGAGAUUCCCCGGCGUUAAAGCUGCGUGGGAUGAGUACUCUGUUUGCUCCGAUGCGGAUUUGAUUGCAGAGCACGAGAUCUGGGCGGCGGUGGACCCACACGCCAAGAACGAAGCUUUCAACGUCAGCAAUGGCGACGUGUACAAAUGGAAGCAUUUCUGGAAGAUUUUGGCGGAGCAGUUUGGGCUAGAAGAUGGGGGAUUUGAGGAGGGGGAGAGGGUUACUCUGCAGGAGAUGAUGAAGGGGAAAGGGGCUGUUUGGGAUGAGAUUGUGAAGAAACAUGAUUUGCAAGCUACGAAAUUGGAGGAUGUUGGGGUAUGGUGGUUUGUGGAUCUUAUCUUGAGUGGAAUUUGUCCCCUGGAUACUAUGAACAAGAGCAAAGAACAUGGGUUUCUGGGAUUUAGGAACUCCCAGAAAGCCUUUGUUUUAUGGAUUGAUAAGGUGAAAGCUCACAAGAUCGUUCCUUGAAGAGCCUUUGAUGGUGCAAAUGUGCAAUUCAUUAACAAUCAGCCUUAAGUCUAAUAAAAUGAUCUUGGUGACUUAUUAGUCUUGUUACGUUGUUCAAUCUUGUGUGGUUAUUGGUUAGAUAUACACUCCCAUAGGUAACCUUAAUACUUUAAUAAUGCCCUUAUACAGGCACGUGAGUAGACGAAUAUUGACCAUCAAGUCUUUCUUCGCCACAAAUUUCAUUAUGUAUGCGUUGUUUCUGAAUUUGAAUGGUCAUACUCUUGACUAUUGAGUGGUCAAAUUAAAUAGUAUCAUAGUUGAUUUACAA